AUGACAAGUUUGCACCAUUCAUCUAUUCUGCUACUCUUGGUAGCAUUGAUCAGCCUAUUCUGUCCCUUGACAUCUUCUCAAAGCAACGGCAUUGCAACCUUUAAUACUCCUCCUUACGUCCCUUCAUCUUGUGAUGGGUUUCAAGAUGAUGGUGUUAUGAUUGCGGAAGCAAGUGACACUCUUUGGAACGGCGGUGGUGCUUGUGGGUCGUUUUACCAAGUUACUUGCAUUAGUGGCACUAACGCGGGCACUGCUCAGCCUUGCUUGAGUUCAAGUCCAGUGGUAGUGAAGAUUGUCGAUUAUUGCCCUCCACCUCAAUGUCGGGGUACCCUUGAUUUGUCUCAAGAGGCUUUUGCUUCCAUUGCUGAUCCAAAUGAGGAGUAUAAUCGAUCAGUUGAGCAGAGCUUGGAGAAAAGUGGAUCCACGAAUAAAGAAGUAGCAGCGAAAGAGAUUCUUGAAUUGGAUUUGUAG